AUGACAGCCUGCUGCAGCUGGAAUGAUGUUUUCCAGUAUGAGACAGACAAAAUCAUCCGGAUCCAAAGCAAGACUUAUGGCACCAUUAAAUGGUUCUUCCACGUGGUGCUCUUUUCUUACAUUGGCUUUGCUUUGGUGAGUGACAAGCGGUACCAACGGAAAGAGCCUGUCAUCAGUUCUGUGCACAGCAAGAUAAAAGGGAUAGCAGAGGUGAAAAAGGAGAUUAUGGAGAAUGGGCAGAAGAAGGUUGUGCGGAGUGUCUUUGAUAUGGCGGAUUACACCUUCCCCUUACAGGGGAACUCCUUUUUUAUGAUGACAAACUUUCUCAAGACAGAAGGCCAAGAGCAAGGGUUGUGUCCUGAGUACCCCACCCCCAGGACGCUCUGUUCCUCUGAUCGGGGCUGUAAAAAGGGAUGGCUGGGCCCACUGAGCAAAGGAAUCCAGACUGGCAGGUGUAUAGAUUAUAAAGAGAAGCAGAAGACCUGUGAAGUCUUCGCCUGGUGUCCUGUCGAGGCAGCGGAAAAGGCUCCGGCGCCUGCGCUCUUGGUCAGUGCUGAAAACUUUACUGUACUCAUCAAGAAUAAUAUCGACUUCCCUGGCCACAAUUACACCACGAGAAACAUCUUGCCGGAUUUAAACAGCACUUGCACCUUUCACAAGACUCGGGAUCCACAGUGUCCCAUUUUCCGACUAGGAGAUAUCUUCCAAGAAACAGGAGAUAAUUUUUCAGAAGUGGCAAUUCAGGGAGGAAUCAUGGGCAUUGAGAUCUACUGGGACUGCAACCUGGACAGAUGGUUCCAUCACUGCCGUCCAAAAUACAGUUUCCGUCGCCUUGACGACAAGACCGCCAAGGAGUCCUUGUACCCUGGCUACAACUUCAGAUAUGCCAAGUACUAUAAGGAAAAUAACACUGAAAAGCGGACCCUAAUAAAAGCUUACGGGAUCCGAUUUGACAUCCUGGUUUUCGGCACCGGGGGGAAAUUCGACAUCAUCCAGCUGAUCGUGUACAUUGGUUCAACCCUCUCCUACUUUGGUUUGGCCACCGUGUUCAUUGACAUGCUCAUCAACACUUAUUCAAGUAAAUACUGUAAAUCGCACGUUUAUCCCUGGUGCAAGUGCUGUCAACCCUGCGCAGUCAAUGAAUACUACUACAAGAAGAAGUAUGAAUCCAUUGUGGAGCCAACACGGACAUUAAAAUAUGUGUCCUUUGUGGAUGAACCCUAUAUUAGGAUGGUAAAUGAAAGACUGCUUGGGAGAAGUCUGCAAGAUGUCAAAGGUGAAAAAGUCCUGAGACCCCAGCUGGACUUUGCAGACUUGUCCUGGCUGCCUCUGUCUCUUCACGACCCACCCCCCAUUCCCGGACAACCAGAGGAGAUCCAGCUGCUCGGUGAAGAGGUGCACCUUAAAUCCAGGGACUGCCCGGAUUGGUGCCAGUGUGGAAACUGUCUUCCAUCCCAACUCCCUGAGAACCAAAGAUGCCUGGAGGAGCUGUGCUGCCGGAAGAAGCUGGGUGCCUGUAUCACCACCUCAGAGCUAUUCAGGGACCUUGUGCUAUCCAGGCGGGCCCUGCAGUUCCUAGUGCAGUACCAGGAGCCCUUGCUGGUGCUGGAUGCAGAUUCUGCCAACAGCCGGCUGCGGCACUGUGCCUACAGGAGCUACACCACCUGGCGCUUUGGCUCCCAGGACCUGGCUGACUUCGCCAUCCUGCCCAGUUGCUGCCGCUGGAGGAUCCGGAGAGAGUUCCCCAAGAGUGAAGGCCAGUACAGCGGCUUCAAGAAUCCUUACUGA